GAUAAAGAGGUGUAUCGUUGGCCUAUCAAGGAGUCUCUGAAGACGAUGGUGAUGUGGUGCUGGAGCAUAGAGAGGACCAGGGAGGGAGACCCAGCCAGCCUACACAACAGAGCACGUAGGAUCUCUCAGAUCAGCCAGCAACACUCUGUCGAAGGAGCUCCAGGUUUCAGCCCCAGACCCAUCGACAUGAGCAAUGUGACACUGUCCCGGGACCUGCACUCCAUGGCAGAACUGCUUGCAGAGAACUAUCAUAAUAUUUGGGCGAAGAAGAAGAAACUUGAACUAGAAGCCAAAG